AGUGCGCGGACCCCGGAGAAGAUGGCGGCUGCCGUGGUGGGCCCACGUGUACGCGGGGCUGCGGUGGGCGAGGAGGCGGACAGCGAUUCCGAUUUAAGCUCAGAUCUUCCAGAAGACAGCUACUCUUCAGGAGGUGAAGCGCAGGAUGGUGAUGAUGAAGAUGAAACAGCUGCCCUUGGCAAUGUGGUUGAAGAGGCAACAAGCUCCAAAGCUGACCCAGGUGCAGGCUGGGCAGAUGCCAUGGCAAAAGUGCUCAACAAAAAGAUUCCACAAAACAAGUCCACCAUUUUGGCCAAGAAUAAAAAACUGGAGAAGGAGAGAGAAAGGGAAAAACAAGAAAGACUGGAGAAGAGGAUGAAGCUUGAUAAAAAGCGGGAGUGGGAAAUGAUGUGCCGAGUGAAGCCAGAUGUUGUCAAAGACCGAGAUACGGAAAGAAAUCUUCAGAGAACUGCCACAAGGGGUGUUGUACAAUUAUUUAAUGCUGUCAGGACGCACCAAAAGAACAUUGAUGAGAAGGUGAAGAGAGGUGGGAGCUCUGAGAGGCAACGUGCUAAACUGCUGUCAUCUGUUUCAAAGAAAGAUUUCAUCGAUGUUUUAAGAAACAUGGAGGGUGCUAAAGGGAAGAAGAAUCCUGCGGGAAAGGCCACAAAAAGUAAACAGGGUGAAGUGAAGUCUGAAGAGGGGCCAGAAUGGAAUAUACUGCGUGAUGACUUCAUGAUGGGAGCAUCUAUGAAAGACUGGGACAAGGAAAGCGAUGGAGAGGCCGGUAUUGAACAGGGAGGUGGUCUGAAGCAAGAAGAUGACAGUGACUGAAUGAAACUGAAAACCAUUCAGGAUAAUGUUUUAUCUUCUUAACUUUGUUUGGAUAAAAAGUUAGCAUUCUGUGAAUGUACAACACUUGGAGGAUAUCUCUUUUUUUUUAAAAAAAAAAAAAAGACUUGCACAACUUUGGAGUGUUUUUUCCCUCAUGUCAAACUUUUAAAUACAGCUUCAUUAUACUGAAAUCCUGAAAUAUUUUCCAAAACAUGUAUAAUUUUCAACAUAUUUCCAAAACAUUUUGUACAGUCAAAAUAGUGGAACCUGCCCAAUGAAAGAAAGAUUUUGCCAAGGUCAUUAAAAGUUUAUACAUUAGUCAUGGCAAUUGAUGUAUUAGUGUGCCUGCGUUUCCAAAUCAGUGUUGCCCUUUGAAAAGUUGUUAGCAAUUCGCAAUAGAAAUGGCUUACAAUAAACACAGAAGUGCCGUCACCUUGUAAAGUUAUCAGGCUCCUAUAGAGUCUCUACUACUUUGGCCAGAAAAGGUUUUGUAGAUAAUAAAGAAAAGUAACCAUUAAUGUGAUAGUUCUGGUCUUGGAGAAUUAGUUUGAUUGGAGACAACUCUGGAAACAUUAAAAAAAUAACUGUAAAAAGAGAGAUUUGACCCUACUGAUUGGCUUUUAUAUUUAUAUAUAUGUAUGUAUAGUUUUUCCAUUGCAAGUCUGAAGUUGUAUAAGCUCAGAGACUGGUAAGAGAGGAAAGGACAGUCAUGCUAUUGUUUUUUUUGGAGGAGGGAGGGCUUUGCUAGCAAUGUGGCAUAAAAUUUUAUUCAGUGUUGCUUCAUUUGCAGUUCUGGUGUUCUGGCCUUUUUCAGUAAGGAGACGAAUCUCGGAGAUCCAUCCUGUGGGUUUAGUCAGCUAUAAUGCUAAUUCCUCAGGUCUGUAAAGGGGUCUAACAAAAAAGCCCUUCCUCUUAGGGAGGUACUGUAACAGUACCAAAUUUUGGAAGACGUUUGUCAGUGUAACACUAAUGGUUUUGUUAAAGCUAGAGCAAUUUCUCCUAAUUAGUUGUUUGGUUGUGAAGGCGCAUAACCUAACACACAUAAUAACAAUAUAUUUUGUAUAAGCAUAUGCAUAUAGAAGGAAAUGCAUUGGGAUUAGAGGGUUCUAAAUGAGAGGCUGGGGCUGAAUUCUGCUGCCUUCACUGUUCCAGGCUGGCUGUGUCGUUUGUUUAACUUUGCUAUCGCAUUUCCCCGUUUGCUAUGUGAAGAAAAUGCCUUGGGGCCUAUUAAUUGAUACUUAAAAUACAUAGUACUGUUUCUACAGAUGUCUUACAUACAAACCUUUCUUUGUACCUGCUUAUGUGCAAGAUAUGAUUAGAAAUGACUUUCAAAUUUUCAGUUUUCAGCACUGAAACAUGUCAUAGGACAGUGGAUUUAGAUUUUCCUAAUGAAGGCAUUGAGGAGGGGAAGGGGUUUGAACUUUGUGGAUAUUGCAGGAUAAAAAAUAUACAUACAAAAUGGUAGAGAAACCCAUCCUAACAACUGGCAAUGGUUGUGUUAUCCCUAGCCUAUUCAUCUGGUAUAUAUUGUAGCAAUAUUCUUUGAGGAGAACUCAAAGCUAACAGCAGAAAUGUUUAGAUUUUCAAGCUGUUUGGAGUGUUAAACAUAUUAGAUAUCUGAGGAAACAUUAGUUUGUGGCCUGAUAUUUAUUAUCACAAAUGAAGGCAUACACCCAAAAUAUCAAGUGGCAAAACCACAGAAGUUUGACGUGGUUAUCCCAGCUUCUGAAGGCUAGACAUCUGUACAGCUGUUCAGCCAGAGCUGGCAUCUCACUCGUGCAAUACAAAAGUAUACUAUGAUGAAUUUUGAAUCUAUGAAGCAGCAUAAUAGUCUAAUUUGACAUUGCUUUCUUUCUGCAGAGUUCAGUUGCUUUGUGCGGAAAAACUGCAUCAGGACCCUUAAAUGCACACUCGUUCUCUUGUUUGGUAUCACCAGGCUGAGAUCAAACUUUUGGAAAAUAAUUUAGUUGCUCUUAGGAACUGCAACAUCCUCAGGUGAUUAUUAAAAAUUUCAAAGUACUUUCAGAAUAGUUAUAGAAUACUUGGGUGUUUAUGAGUUUUAUUUGUGCAUUUUUGAAGUAAUGUUUUGAUUAAAUCACUGAAGUGUCACUUUUGUAUUUAAGAACAACAUGGAAUAUAUCAAUAUUGCUAAAAAUGUCUUGAGCUUCCAUUUCAUUUAGAACGUGUAGCAGUACUUUUUGCCUAUAAAUUGAGAGCAUUUCUUGCCUUUUAAAUAGCAUGAGACUCGGGAGUUUUAUGUAUAUUGGUUAUUUUUUUAAUUUUGAUACUGUACCUUGCCUUUGCAUGUGCCGUAUGGAGAAAAACUCCUAGAAUACCUUAAAUUGGUAACUACCUGCAAAAGAGAAAUAAGCUCAGGACUCUUAUAGACACGUGGGAGUAGUAUAUUUUAAUUUUAGGCAUUUUGGUGGCUGGUUUAUUUCACAAGUUUUGUUUUGAUUCAUUAGCAAUUCAAAACGAGAGCUAAACCCUGUUUAGCCCAGACACUUUCCGGUCACUUUCAGCUGUGGGAUCAGUUGCCCUACCCUCUUUUCCAGUAAUGUUCUUCCUUUUUGGUAGCUACCAAGAACAACCUUCAGUGGCUUUUCCCAGCAGUCAGAGUACUCGGUCUGUUUUGCCUGCUCCCAUGAAUAUCUCUGCUCAAGCAAAGCUCUGCCGCUGCCCUUCAUUCCAGAGCGCAUGAAUCAUCUCAACUUUGUAUAUUUCUGUACCUAUCUAUAUAAAGCCAAUAAAGAUGGGGUGGUUCCAGUUUUGUUAGGCUUCAAGCCAACUCCAGAGUAUGUAGAGUUUAAUAUUCUAUGGAUUGCAAAGCAACAAAGUUUUGUUUAAUAAAAGAAGGCCCAGGGUUAGCUCUU